AUGGAGCCCAUCGCACAGCAUAUGCAAAUCUUGCCGGAAGAGACCCUCAAGCAAAUCGGCAAGGGUGCCUUAGUGAAAUUCACCCAGGCAUGUGAUGACACCGAGAAAGUGAGCCGGGUCUAUCAUAAUCUACUAGACACUUAUGCAACCGCUUCUCUGUCGCAUUCUCAUACCACGGCAGCUUGUAAUGCGCUCAGCGCCUUUCUAGAUGCAGCUCUUGUUUCUAAACAUGAGUCCACCAGGCAAAUCGUCUAUUCCGACGAUACCUGGUUGUCUGUCUUCGAUGUCUUCAUGACCCGAUACAAGGAUGCCAAGCCCAAACCAAUGAAGCAGGUCAUGGAGUCCUUGGUUCUGCUCCUGGCGAAGACUCGCAAGCAAUUCGAUAGAGGCUCCCUUCAGAAGAAGAUCGUCGAGCUCACGAUUCCUAGUAUCCUGCUUGGUGAACCUCGUGCUCGCCUCAAGGCGUCCUUCGCUUCGCUUGAGAUGAUUGUCCGCAAGAAUGCGAUUGCGCCUACGGAGCUGAUUUCGCUCCUCGACCAGUGGCUACACGCAAACUAUGAGAGCUGGGCCCCUAUGUAUCAGGCAGACUGCGACGCCCUAUCGAUUGAUGUAUCCCCCUAUAGCUACAGUGCCUCUACGAAUGGUGUCUCGUCACAAGAUACCUCGAGGACGACAGUCGGGAUCUUUGCUCUGGGUCUGUUGGCACGCGCAACUAAACCGGAGCUUGCGGCCUCAUCCGGUGAUCUGAUGGCCGCUUUCCUUCAGAAGAUCAAGGUUACAUCAGAACUCGAACACCUGCUGUCGCUCUGGGUGGCACCUGUCCGUCACGUCACCCUGAGAACCCUCGAUGAUCUGGAGUAUAUGUCGAACUACAUUCUUCAGCCUUGUUUUGAGGUGGAUGCAAUCGGUUUCCGGUCUUUCAUUGAGAAGUUUCCUCUUCAAAGUCUGCUCGCCGGUGACAUGAGCGAUGCGCCCAUAGCUGAGUUCAUGGUCUUGUUCGCUUCUUUACAGGUAGCAAAGAAGAUUGGACUCGUUCACGAAGAUCACUAUGUCGGCAAACCUAGCUCUACAGCUGCUGAUGCUGACCGUGCGCUCGUGUUGAAGAGUGAGGUCAUUGGACAAUUUCUCUUCCACCACGAUAUGACCAUCAGGAUAGCAACCCUGUCCCUGUUGAUCAGUGCACCCUCCUCGACCAAAGCCGUCUCAUCCGCUACAAUGAAAGCCAUUGUGAACGGAUUACCCUCUCUGCACUGUGAAUCAGAGUCUUAUUCGAGAGGAGAGGUAUUGAGCUUAGUCCGUAAGCUGGUCGUCCGUCUGAAAGGUGGAAUUUUAGAGGACCAAGAUCGCUUGAAGAGUGAAAAGGCCACUGCAAACAAGAACGCUCAGCAAAACUUCUUCGAUACCUUCGUCACUGGGAAAUGCUUGAAUGAGUACUUCAACUUUCUCAAAGCUGACUUGCGGCCUACAGCCUCUUAUCCACGUCAUAUUGCUGCGCUGAAAACAUUUAUCUUCUUCAUCGAAUCUGGACUCGAUAGUCGGCACAGCGCCACAGAUAAUAACAAGACUCGCUGGGUCUGCAACAUGGACAUCUUCAAUCCCACCUUGCUCAGGCUACUGGUUGAUUUGUUGCUUGACCCGUUUGAGGAAGUGCGCGCGACCUCUCUGUACCUCUUGAACCUUUUCCCCCAUGAGGUUCUUUUCAGCAGUGAUUUGCAGCCGCAAGGCGAGUCGCUGACAGGGCAACCUCAAAUCAUUGAUGGGUUGUCAAAGGCGGAACUGCUGGCAAGUAACACCAGCAGAGCUGAUUACGCAGAUACUGUUGCUCGCCUUUACCACAUACUCUUCCGUGCUGCAGCGUCUAAGAGCUUGAACACUUCUGCGUCGUGGUGGGAAGCUAAAUCAACGGUUGUCGAAUAUCUCCUAGCAAAGCUCGAGCAGAAGCUUUCCUCCACAGGCGGUCUGUUCAACUCUUCUAUGCGUGAUGCACCUCUGCACGGCUAUAUUUCUGCGCUCAGAUAUAUUGUCUCAACCUCCGAUUUUUAUUCGUUGGUUUCCGAAAAGUCCACGAAUUACGAUACAUGGAGGGCAUUCCACCUUAGAAUCGUGCACGUCUGUGACCGGAUCUGGGAAGAGGUUCGACCUGUCCUGUGCAUUGACUCCCCAGAAGGUCAUACAGACGACCCGAUCGAGGAAUUAGGCGUCGGUCCCAAGGAUAUCCUUUCUUAUUCUUGGCGCGCUCUGCGAGAAUCGAGUCUUCUUCUCCACGCCACUCUUUCCAAUAACUCGUAUAGCCCUCCAGGUGACGAUGGGCUCACGGAGCAACAUUUUGAUAAGCUGGGGACCCUUAGCUUCAUUCAGCUUGCUGAGCUUCGGCAUAGAGGUGCAUUCUCAACGGUAUCGCAGACGUUUGCUACUUGUUGCCAGCGCUGUGCCCAGUCGAGCGAUCCAGCGAUCUCUGAGCUGCCCCACCGAUUCUAUCAGGAAGCCAAGAAAACCAUCUUUGAAUCGGCGUCUAAGCUCACCCGCCGUUCGGCUGGUCUUCCUGCACUGGUUGUGGGGAUCCUCUCGUCGAAACCUGGUGGGCCACUGUUUCAGCAGGUUAUACAAGAGCUUCAUGAGAUUUCCCAUCUGCCGGCCGAACAGGACAAGACUAGACAAGACACACCUUUGCCCCAGGUCCAUGCGAUGAACUGCCUCAAAGAUAUUUUCACCAACACCAAGCUUGGCCCCCAUACAGAGCCCUUCAUUAUGCCUGCUCUACGUCUGUCGGCUGAGCGUCUUGGUUCUCCUAUAUGGGCUCUCCGCAACUCUGGCCUCAUGCUGUUCCGCGCUUUGUUGACACGCAUGUGCCGCACCGGCACCGGCCUGGGUUUUGGUGGUGAAUCCGGCUCUGAGCCCGGAGCCAGAGUCUCGUUUCAGAAAUACCCUGGCCUUCUCGAACUUCUUCCCACCCUUCUCACCCCAUCCGAAAAGAACAACUCUACCGAUCAGAGCGACACUUCAAUGGUCACUGAGCGUGUCUUCCCAGCCUUGGAGUUGAUCGCUGAGAAGGUCCCUAAUGUGACUGGUACCGAUGAUGAGGUCUUGCGUGGUCUUGUCCGGGAACAGCUCAAGAGUCCUGUUUGGGGUAUCAGAGAGCACGCGGCUCGAGUCUACGCAUCUCUGUUGCAGCGGGUGGACAUUCUGACCAAUAUCAAGACUUUGAUCGGCGUCGAGAGAGAUAGCAAGACGCAGGAUUACCUUCAUGGCGAAGCAUUGUGCAUCAAGUACUCUCUCCGCCGGUUCGCAGCCAGUUCGAUUGCCUUCUGGAACGAAAACCUCGACCACGUGUGCUCUCUAGUACGGGUUAUUUUUAACGCAUCAUUCCCGCUUGCAGAAUCUCCAUUCAUCGCGACCACGCUUCUGGAGGUUCUGAGUGAUGUGGUUGAAAAGAGUAUCGAUUCAGGCUCCGAGUACAAACUGGCUUCUACCCUGCAAUUCGUGACAGACGAAUACGCCUUUAAGAAUAUCCUAGGCUUUGUAUUCGACUCGUCUCAUCCAUCAUGGAAGUCUCUGAGCACAACCCGAGCUUCGUCGCUCCUCCGUCGGGCGAUCUCGUGGGUCACCAUCUUGCAUAUGCUAUUUGGAGGAAGGGCCAACGACCUGGAACCGUUCGUUCGUACUGUUUCGAAUUUUGACCCAAAUGCUGGUCAGUGGUUGUUGGAAAGGCUGCAGGAGAUCUUCGGGCCUAGAGAACAGUAUGGAAAAACGUUGAUCGGCCUGUACUCCUCUGUCAUCCUGGGAGACUACCCUGAAGAAGUCAAGGCAGUAGCCAUUGCGUCCUUGGCAUCGAAGUUGCAAGCUCUCUUCGACUGCCGCAAUGAGGCUCUCCCUCAGAUCGAUCUUCCAUGGGGAGCACUAGAAGGUCAACUCAAGCAUGGCUCAAGCCAGCACAUCUGGAACCGGGAUAGGUCUGACGCCGAACUACAACUUCACGGCAGCCUCCUUGCUGCGAAGGCUAUUGCAUCCAAUAACCAGAGUUCUGAGAAUGACAUCAAUGAGUGGGCCACUCGUCUUCGCUUCGCUAUGCGAGAAGAAACGGAAUAUACCACCCGCCUCGCCGCAGUGUUAUCCGUCUCAGCGUUUGGCCGUAUUCUGCGUCCUGCUGGCAAGGCUCCACUCACUGACAAGGCGUUCUUGGAUAUCUACCUGGUCCUCUACGACAUGUUGAACGAUGACGACGAGGAGCUGCGUGACCUGGCCGCUCCGACUGCCUCAUGGGUGCUGUCUUACUCUUCAAUUUCCCCGAGCAAGGCUGUCGCCCUGUCUCCGUCAACUGCCAGCGAUCUUCUUUCCGCGUUCAUCGCUCAGAGCUAUCACAACUCGCAGCAGCUUCGCAAGAGAGCCAUUGCCUACAUCACCGGCUCCGAACCACGGAUCAGCACUUCCAUCGCUCAGUCUGUGCCAGUUUCCACCGUUCUUUCUAACCUCCGCAAGGAAAUCACAAUCCUGUUCGAGGAAGAGAAGCAGAAUCUGUUCAUCGAUGACGCUCGCGAAGUUGAUGUGUGGACCAAGCAAAUGAUUCGGUUGACGGAAGCAUCAUAUGACGAUGCGUCAAUCCAGGCAAUUUUCACCUGGGUAUCGGACGGGUUGUCCUGCUUGGGAGAUGUCUUUGCGGACACUACCGAAAAGGACGGGCUGUUGGGCUGGGCUUCAAAGCCUGAGACAUUCACUUUAGGUGUGCGGCUUUUCGGCCUAGCAACCGUAGCAGUCUCCAAGGAGUCUGCUGCCUCCCGACUUUUGGGACAGGAGCGCGUGGCCGACGUGAGGGAGAAGCUUCAAGCUCUGCUUGCACAGGGAAAGACAUCCUUGAUCCACGAUGAUUGGAUUUCACGUAUUCGGGCGGCAUUGGAGUCCUCAUGA